AUGUUCUCAGUCGCCCGUCAAUCCGCCCUCCGGCAGGCGCGAAGUCAGCUCCGGUUGUCGCAACCCGUUACCGUUCCACAGUACUCUGCCCUCGCCCGUUUACUAUCGACAUUGGCAGUCCUCGAGCAAAGAGAUGGGAAGCUCAAUCCUGCAUCGCUUUCUGCCAUCACUGCCGGUACCAAGCUCGGUGGCUCGAUAACAGCUUUUGUCGCCGGAAGUGGGGUGAAGUCAGUGGCCGAUGAAGCAGCCAAGGUUAAGGGCAUUGAGAAGAUCGUAUACGUCGAGAACGGCGCGUACGAGAAGGGCCUGCCCGAAAACUACGCUCCGCUGCUCGUCGAGAACAUCAAGAAGGGAGGAUACACACACAUCUUGGCUGGACACUCAGCGUUCGGCAAGAAUCUUCUGCCUCGUGUUGCUGCCCUUUUAGAUGUGCAGGCCAUCUCGGACAUCACCGCGAUUGAGAGUGAAGACACAUUCGUCCGACCCAUCUACGCAGGUAAUGCCAUCCUUACCGUACAGUCAUCCGACCAACAGAAAGUCAUCACCGUCCGCGGUACAGCGUUUCCUGCUCCAGAGACCGAAGGUGGAUCAGCAGCCGUGGAAGAAGGUGUAGACCCCAAAGCCGAGAGCAUUUCGGAAUGGAUAUCCGAAGAUCUGGCCAAGUCGGAUAGGCCUGAUCUUGGUUCAGCAGAGAAGGUCGUAUCAGGAGGCCGUGGUCUUAAGUCAAAGGAGGAAUUCGACCGCCUCAUGCCUCCGCUGGCAGAUGCGCUUGGCGCUGCCAUUGGAGCCUCCCGCGCCGCCGUUGACAGUGGCUUUGCCGACAACAGUCUGCAGGUCGGACAAACGGGCAAGAACGUUGCGCCAAAGCUCUACCUCUGUGCCGGCAUCUCAGGCGCUAUCCAGCAUUUGGCUGGUAUGAAGGACAGCAAGGUCAUUGCCGCCAUCAACAAGGACGGCGAUGCGCCUAUCUUCCAGGUCGCAGACGUUGGUCUAGUUGGCGACCUGUUUGAGAAGGUACCGGAGCUCACUGAAAAGCUCAAGUCGCAAUAA